CGCACACCCGAGGGGCGGGGGGAGCUGGCUCGGGUGCCGCCGCCGUCGCUGCCGCCGCCGCCGCUGCUGCAGGAGGAGCCGCCGCCGCCAGCGCCGCCACGGCCGGAGGAGGAGCCGCCGGAGCCGCUGCCGCCGCCCUCCGCCCCCUCCCCUUCUCCCUUCCUCCUCCUUCUUCUCCUCCUUCUCCCCGGCCGGAGGGAAGACUCCCAGAGCAGCCCCGGCGGCCGGAGCGCCCCGCCGACUCGGGAGAAUGCGGCGGCGAUCGCGGAUGCUGCUUUGCUUCGCCUUCCUCUGGGUGCUGGGCAUUGCCUAUUACAUGUACUCCGGGGGCAGCACGGCGCUGGCCGGCGGUGGAGGUAGCGGCGGAACCGGCAAGAAGGAGGACUGGAAUGAAAUUGACCCAAUUAAAAAGAAAGACCUGCACAAUAAUGGGGACGACAAAGCACAAAAUGUGGAGACCCUCCCUCCAGGAAAAGUUCGGUGGCAAGACUUCAAUCAAGAAGUUUAUGUUGGAGUCACUAUGGUACGAUCUGGUCAAGACCCAUAUGCCCGUAACAAAUUCAACCAAGUGGAAAGUGACAAGUUGCGAAUGGACAGAAACAUACCUGACACCAGACAUGAUCAGUGUCAGCGAAAGCAAUGGCGAGUAGACUUGCCGGCUACCAGUGUGGUAAUCACUUUUCACAAUGAAGCCAGAUCAGCCUUGCUGAGAACUGUAGUCAGUGUACUUAAGAAAAGUCCUCCCCAUCUUAUAAAAGAAAUCAUAUUGGUAGAUGACUACAGUAACGAUCCUGAGGAUGGUGCUCUGUUGGGGAAGAUUGAGAAAGUUCGAGUUCUUAGAAAUGAUCGACGAGAAGGCUUGAUGCGCUCUCGGGUCCGAGGGGCAGAUGCAGCCCAAGCUAAAGUCCUGACAUUCUUGGACAGUCACUGUGAAUGCAAUGAGCACUGGCUGGAACCCCUCCUGGAGAGGGUAGCAGAGGACAAGACCCGGGUUGUGUCACCUAUCAUUGAUGUCAUUAAUAUGGAUAACUUUCAGUACGUGGGGGCUUCAGCUGAUUUAAAAGGCGGUUUUGAUUGGAAUUUAGUAUUCAAAUGGGAUUACAUGACCCCAGAGCAGAGGAGAGCACGCCAAGGAAAUCCAGUUGCUCCCAUAAAAACUCCCAUGAUCGCUGGCGGGUUGUUUGUGAUGGAUAAAUUCUACUUUGAAGAACUCGGGAAAUACGAUAUGAUGAUGGACGUAUGGGGAGGAGAAAACCUAGAGAUUUCAUUCCGAGUGUGGCAGUGUGGUGGCAGCUUAGAAAUCAUCCCAUGUAGUCGAGUUGGACAUGUAUUCCGGAAGCAGCACCCCUAUAGUUUUCCAGGGGGCAGCGGCACUGUGUUUGCCAGAAACACUCGCAGGGCAGCAGAAGUCUGGAUGGAUGAAUAUAAAAAUUUUUACUAUGCAGCAGUGCCUUCAGCCAGAAAUGUUCCAUAUGGGAAUAUUCAGAGUCGACUAGAACUAAGGAAGAAACUUAAUUGCAAGCCCUUCAAAUGGUACCUUGAAAAUGUCUACCCUGAAUUAAGGGUUCCUGACCAUCAGGAUAUAGCUUUUGGAGCAUUGCAGCAGGGUAACAAUUGCCUGGAUACUUUGGGACAUUUUGCAGAUGGUGUUGUAGGAGUUUAUGAGUGCCACAACUCUGGGGGAAACCAGGAAUGGGCCUUAACAAAGGACAAGUCAGUAAAACAUAUGGAUUUGUGCCUUACUGUGGUGGACAGAGCUCCUGGAUCCCUCAUAAAACUACAGGGCUGCAGAGAAAACGACAGUAGACAGAAAUGGGAGCAAAUUGAGAGCAAUUCUAAAUUGAGGCACGUUGGCAGCAAUUUGUGUCUGGACAGCCGCAAUGCCAAAAAUGGGGGUCUGAGUGUGGAAGUCUGCAGCCCAUCCUUAUCGCAACAGUGGAAGUUCACACUCAACCUACAGCAGUAGAAGGGCUGAGGAAAACCAACCCAACACCCAGGGAACGCCACCGUCACGUUUCCUACACAUCGGGCAGAGUUUUGAAGAUCGCAUUACAGAUUAUAUUUCUUAAACUUUCCACAGAACUAUAUACCUCAGUAUUCCAUCAUGGUCUGCAAAUAGGAGAACUCCAUCAGCAAGGCACAGGGGAGCUGUGUGGACAAGGGGAAGAGGGAAAAUGCUGCUUUCCUUAUCUCACCAAACACCGUUGCAGCCGCGCUCCCUCUUCUCUGUGAGCCCCUUUUUCCCAUUUCUUUCCUUCUCCCUCUUAGCACUCGCACAAACAGUCGAUUAACAUCCCUAGCAACAACUGACAUACUGUAGGAAAAAUGGAUCUAAACACAUACAGGUUGGGGAAUUAGGGAGGGAGAAAGGGGUGUAGUUAACUUUCUCACUGAGAAGAUCAUUUUUAAAGCUCCAUUUUUUUCCCCAUAGAAAGCAUCAUUUACAGUUUCUGAAAACUGAACUGUCAUUUUGAAGGUUUAUGGGGGGGGUUUUUCCCUUCCUCUUCAGCUCCCUCCCCAGCCCUCUUCCAGUCCUGAAUCCCAUACUCCCAUAUAAUGUACUUGCUAUAUUUGAUUAUGAACUUUUCUAUGAUGGGACACUAAAUAUAAAUAUAUAUUAAAAAAUAUGGUCAGUUCCCAAAUGGUUUAUAUGGGUCAUCAUCAUCAUCAUCAUCAUCAUCCUGUCAAUUCUCCAGAAAGCUGUUCACACAUGUGAAAAGAAGAAAAGGAGCUUGAACCCAGUUAUGAAAUGGAGCUCUUUUCUGACAGAGGGAGAGAGCCUCGCCUGCUUUCUGGGGAUCUUCCCAUGAGUGGGUGCUUCUUGGCUAGUCAAGGACUCAAGAGGCAAUGGAAGAGGAAAGGGAAGCAUCAUUCAGGGCCAAGACCCAACCCCUCUUCAUCCCAGCAGCAUCUGUGUCUGGCAUUUACUUUGGGUUUGCUGCUGUGACUUGGAAUUCACUCUGUGUGCUGUCAGUAUCUGUAAACCUAUAUCAGUUACUUGUAUUGAAGAAUAUUGCUUUUGGUCUUUUAAAUUAAAUUCCUUUUCUUUAAAAAAUAAAAACAACCCCACAGCUCCCAAUAUGAGUAAUGGCACAAGUUGCCAUAGUCCUUUGACAGGUGCAGACAAAUUAUGUUACAUUAUGUAGCUGUCACAAUACCAGCAUUGGUCUAAUUAUUACUGGAGCCCAUAAGACUAGGGCUUUCAAAAUUAAUUGAGCUGCCAGCUGAAUGUUUGGGAUUAGUGGUUGUGGCCGAAAACAAAUCCAGUUUACAGAUUUGGUUUAAUUGGUGUCCUGAAAUGUGAGUGGCACCCUCGUGGUUAAAGCGGGUCCUGGACUACAACCUGCCUUCUCCCCAGCACCAUUUUUGAAGUCCUUACAUUGGAAUACAUCACAUCCUUUCUUCCUCUUCUCUAAAUGACUGCAUCAGUGAGCUUUGGGUAAAGAAAGAAAAUGAAUGGAAAAUCAAUGCCAGAAAACUUAAUGUAAUGAAUUGGUGCACAAGAGGAGAUCCUUUUGGUUUAGGAAGACAAUUUCUAUUUAAACCAUGGAAUGAUUAUAACUGAUAGUAGGGAACAUGUGUGUGUGUGUGUGUGUGUGUGUGUGUGUGUGUGUGUGUGUGAGAGAGAGAGAAAGAGAGAGAGAGAGAGAGAGAGAGAAUAUGUGUGUAUGUAUAAAAAUGACUGGGCAGUUAGCUUAGGAGAAAAAAUAUCCAUCAUGUUUGUGCUGUAGAUUUCUUCUCUAGGAGCUUUGUCAUUGUAAUGAUAUGGAUCCCAAUGACUGUUAGCUAAGCCCAUAUCAUCACUGGGUCCUUGGUCCCAGACUUAGAUAGCUUGGGUCAGCCAGCUGAAGGAGGAGCUGAUGACUGUUUUCUGUUCAUCUGUUCAUCAGGUCUGCAUGUAUGUCCCUUUUUGGGGGGUAUUGGAGAUUGGAGCAAGAAGGAAAAAUGGAGAUUUAAGAAUAGGAACAGGUGGAUUUAGGAUAUGGAAAGGCACUGAUAAGUCAGCUCUUUGGCCAUAUCUCCCAUCCCUAUCCAAUCCAUUUGUUCCCAGGAAUGGAAGCUGUCAUCCAUUCCUUUUUUUCUCUCCACAAAACACUAAAUUUAUUUGCAUUUAAUUAGUGUGAGUAUAUAGUGGAGAAAUUUCUAGGUUGUUUUUGGCCUACAACUGUUAUCCUUCUACUCUGCCAACCAGCCGGAUGUAUUUUCAAGGAAAGGGGUUGUGGGUUCAGAAUUCAUUCUGCAGCUGAUGCGGAAUGCUAUAGCACACUUCCAUCUUUGGAGAAAAAAUAUGUAUUGCAAAUAGAUCCUUGGGAAGAGUCUAAGGAUAAGCUUCAAGAUUGUGUAUGUGUGCAUUUAUAUUGAAUAAAUACUUUGGGGCAAGGAAGCUCCUACCCAGACGCACUUCUGGAUUCUGUUAACUGAAAUCCCAGUCACUGAUGAGUUAUUGCUAUUGUAAAGGGGCCCCCCAGAAGUAUAGGAAAGUGCUUCAAUUUGGCUGAUUUGGGUGGAGCAGGUUUUUGGGGGAAUCCCUGAUACACUAUACAUAUCCCCCCAACCCAGAGGUCUUAAUUGUCAAACCCACUGUACUGUAAGGCUGUAUAUCUACCAAACUCUGUUGUGGCUGCUGCCCAAAGAGGAUUCUUCCUGAGCUAGCAAACUUCUUUGAUAUGAGCAAAAUAGAGAAGAGAAAGAAGGAAAACAAAACAACAACAAAAAAUAAACAGGUGUCCUAUGUUACAAGCUAUGUUUACAUGACACAGUGUGCCAAAGUUACUUACUGUGAUUUAAUUAUUUUUUAAGCAUAGGGAUUAUCCUGCCCCAAUUUUUAAAAAUGAAAAUGAAAAAUACCCCUCUAUAAACCCUCAAAGCAAAGUGUGACAAAGUUAGUUGUCUUCUCUGUGGUGGUCUUUCUUACUGUCUUCAUAAGAGAAAAAUGAUGGUAUAUGUGAGUAUGUUUUGCAAAUUUCAAAAUAUAGUUUGGUAAUUUUUUUUCCAGUUGAUUUUUAAAAAAAGAACUGCUGUACAGAGCUUGUACUUUAUUCAUUUUAUAGAUGGAAACCAUCCUUGAAAAUUGUUUAACUUAAAUAAAGAAGAUACUUUAUAGAUAAA